AUGGCUGUACGCUGGAAGAUGCCCAACAAGUCACUAGUGCGAUACUCAGCUGAAAACCCACCCACGGUCUCUAAUUGCAUGACAUUGUCCACCCGACAAGAGCGGCCAGGCGCCUUUCAUGCUGUUGUUCAAGUACCUCAACGAACUCAUGUUGGUACAUUAAUGGUAGCUGUCGACCAAGCUUCGCUCAUUAUCCCCGACGAAUACAAAGACAGUUCCGCGAAACCCUACGCCCUUAUUGAUUUCGACAAAUCGCAAGUACGGGUUGACUCAUCAUACUCUGGUAGCCUGGAAAACCCGAAAUGGUCCGGAUUUCCACGAUUAAUCACGAAGUUUAUGGUGGCCAAAGUUGCGGAUUUGACGAUCCAUCUUUAUAUUCCAACCGCAAGCGAUGAUCAGGAUAUCCUACUUGGAUAUGUGAGACUGCUACCGGAUUUUGAAGCCAAUGAUGAAGAGCGGCAGUUCACCUUCCGCUUGUUGGACCUGCACAGGGGUGGAACUAUCCGAGUAGGAGCAGAGUACCUGCCCUCAAAGACAGAGUCUGGAGCGCGUCAAGUGUGGUUGAAACAGCCGUCCACGGAUUACGAGGGGUUACAUGUUAGGACUUACGCAUUGCAGGACAUGAAUAUCGAUCGAGUCUAUGCGGCCAAGAGGUUUUGCAAGAGAGAAGCUCAAAGUCCAGCAUGGUAUGCUCAGUUCAUCCGCAAAGUGGACCACCCUUUCAUCGCACCUCUACUGUUUACCGUGGAGACAUCCGACGAGAUAUACCUCUUGUCACCCCUAAUUUGUGGUGGACACCUUUAUCAUUAUCUGCAGAUGGACGGCGGUUUUGAGCUAGAGAGGGCGACGCACUAUGCGGCAGAGAUCGUCUCUGCUUUGGCAUAUGUGCAGAGUCUCGACAUUAUGUUCCAAUACUGUGGACGUUUACAGCCCUCAAAUCUGCGUUUAGACGUCGUAGGGCACAUCAUGAUCUGCGACUUUGAGCUCCACAUAGGGUACCAUGAGCUGGUCCCGAAUCAAGAAGAUAUGCAAUGGAAUGCUUAUCCGUCGCCAGAACUACUUCUGGGCCUACCAACAACGAAAACCACAGACUGGUGGACCUUGGGUUCGAUUCUCUUCAAAAUGCUACUUGGAGUACCUCCCUUCGUUGAAAAAAAUCGCCAAGCUGCACAUUCGAGAAUACUGGCCAAUAAACCCUUACUUUUCCCGGAGCCAAACAGUCUGACAGCGGAGGCCAAAGAUAUUCUUCGUCGGCUUCUCUGCGCACCUCAACAACGGUUGGGAUUGAACGGAACCUGGGAAAUCGAGGAACAUCCUUUCUUCCGUAGAAUCGAUUGGGGUCGCUUGAGAGGACGCGAAUACACGCCUGCUUUCAAGCCAAGCGACGAGGGUCCAGCUAUGAUAUUCUCCACUAAGCAAACGGAAAAAGAGCGUCGAUUGAUGGAUUGGCAGUUUGCCCUUUGGGGGAUGACAAUAGAACGGAAACCCCUUCCACGCGGAUAA